CCUCAGGGUGUGGGCACAGUUAUAGCUGGACACCAGCUGGCCCCUGUACCCAGUGUGCUUGGGGCUUCACCUGAGCUUCUUCUACAGGUUCUCAGGUGGCCUUUCAAUCUGUUUUCAAGGAAGGAUGGCCCAGGCUCGGGAAGAAGCAGGGGACAGCCGGCUGGUGUCUGCUCGGGAACCUCUGUCACCCAUCAUUAGAGUGUCUGUCAAGACCCCACAGGGCUGCCAGGAGUUCCUUUUGUCUAAAAACUGUAGUGUCCACCACUUGAAGAAACAGAUCUCCAAACACCUUCACUGUGACACUGACCGCCUGGUACUCAUCUUCACUGGAAAGAUCCUCCGGGACCAAGACAUACUGUGCCAGCGUGGUAUCCAUGAUGGCACCACAGUACACUUGGUAGUAAGGACCCAUCUGAAGGGACCUCCACCAAGUCCUGGGGCUCUGCCAGGCCCUACUGAGUCAGGCAACCAACACCCUGAGGUACCCACCUCUGAGGGCACCUGCAUGCUUUCCAGACUGCGCCGACUGGUCCGGAGUUCACCUGAUCUGGCCGACUUCUUUUGUCAAUUGGCUCAGCUCUUGAUGUCAACCCCUGAGACAGUGGUGCAGUUCUUGGAAGACUCUCUAGUCCAAGGCAUGGCAAGCGAGAAACCAAACAACGCCAGCCAUGUUCCCGAAUCCUCAAGGCCAGGUCAGAAAGCUGAGCUGGCUCUUAAAGUUCCAGAAACAGUGCAGAGCACAGCUCGGCACCAGGACAUCCAGCAGACCGACAAGCGGGGCUUAGAUAAGAGCCUGAAGGCAGUGCCAAGUGGUGACAACGUUAUGCGUCCCAUCUGCUCUGAUGUCCAGCAACUCAUGCUCACUACUCUGGCCCCAAUGGUUCCUUCCAAAGGCCACAGUGUAGGUCCAGAGGCUGGCAGAGGGGAAUGCAAUGCUUACAGAAGCGUUGAAACUGCCACCACUAUCCCCACAGCGGUGACACCCACCAGAAUAUUUCUGCCUGAGGUCAGUGCAGGAGCAGGCACCCAGCCCAAAGGGAUGGCCUCAAAACAAGCCAACGCAGGGUGUAAGAAUGGUGUGCUAUUCUCCAACUCAGGCCAGGAUGCUCCCUCCCAGGAUAGCCAGCAGUCCAAGGGGAAAGUUCCUGGUACCUGCCAGCGGAGACCCUCCCCCUCUGCCUUGCGUAGAGCCUUGCAUGUUCUGCAGCAGAAUCCAUCUCUGCUCCAUCAGCUGGCGACUGGCAGCCCCCUAAGACACCACAUCCCACUGCUUCCCAUUCUCACCAACCCGCGUGCACUGCAGGCAUUGAUCCAGAUAGAGAAGGGGCUGCAGGUAUUGUCUAAAGAAGUACCGGAACUGGGGCCCUACCUGUGGGCCCCUGGCAGACCAGAGAGGGCUAAAGGGACCCGUGAAACCAGACAGGACCGUGGAACAGACUCUGUGCAGCCUGCCUUGGCUGUUCUUCAGCUUCUCCAUGCUCUGGCCAAUGCCUGCUCCCCGUCCACUCAGCAGCCCUCACCACCUUUCCUUGCUGAAGGCUGCUAUCAGCAAGAACUGGAACAUCUGAAGGCCAUGGGUUUUGAUAACCACGAUGCCAACCUUCAGGCCCUGAAGGCCACCAGUGGAGACAUCCACGCUGCUAUUGAAAGGCUGCUGGGGGCACUGGAAGCCUAAGUUCCUCCAGCUGAUGUCCACCCUGCACCACCUCAUGGAGCUGGAGGAAAAGGAAGGAGAAGGAAGGGAAGAUGAGAGGAAGAAGCUUAUUUUGGGAAUUCCUCCUACUUAGAUCAUGAAUGCACUUAAAACCCCCCUCCUUUAUUGCCCAAGCCUGCCCUACAUUAAAAUGAUUGCUUGGAUCUCA